AUGGCCACAGUCUGUACAGCAGUUCUACUUCUGGAGAUGGAGAAUAUCGAUCUCUCUAAUGUGAACCGACAGUUCCUCGAACAACAUUUUGGUCAUCACCAGCACUCGCAACAGUCCUUACAUUCCCAGCACUUAUGCCAGACAACCACUACUACACCACUCUCUAUACCACCACUCACUUCAUUAGCUCUUCAUUCAGAUCAGAGCUAUUCUAGUCUUUUCAACCAUAGCUCAGGUGUCUUCGACUCAUAUGUUGUCUCAAACGCUGCUAAUUAUAAUGAUAGCGAUAAUAAUGGCAUCGGACUCGCUGUCAGUGACUCGGGAUCGGGUCUUUUGAGUCCACAAUCGCCCGAUUAUUUCAGUGAUCAGCUCCUCGACUCUCCUUAUCCAUCGCCAACCCAUUCGCCAGACAUGAGAUCACAUCCCGAUCAGGAAAACUUCCGACAGAAGAGGCACCGCAAGAGGAAAGGGAUGCACCAACAGGUCCAGCAAAGACACGCCGCCAAUCUUAGGGAACGCCGACGAAUGCAAUCAAUUAAUGAUGCUUUUGAGGGCCUGAGAACACAUAUACCAACGCUUCCCUAUGAGAAACGAUUGUCAAAAGUGGAUACAUUAAGGCUAGCGAUUGGAUACAUAAGUUUUUUGGCUGAAUUAGUCGACAAUGACGGACACCCAACUGAUCCGCUUCAGGCACAAAUAGCACAGCAGCCCAAGAAAGUGAUAAUACAAUGCCAUUUAGGAAGUCAUUCGCUUUCGUGGACAAGCGAUGAGAAGAAGAGUUACCGAAACGGAAAUAUUAUGAUCGCAAAGGUGUGGACGCCUGAAGAUCCGCGAAGACAUAAAAAUAAAUGCACCGACAAUACCAUCAAUUGCCAGGAUUUGUUGGCCGAGUGCUGCUCUACUAUUACCGAUGUUUCCAAUUAAUUAUUAUUUUGUGUCAUUUCUAUGAAUAUAUACUGUAUUCGAGCUUAAAGUAAAUGAAAGGUUAGCGUUAUUUCGUAUUUCAAUAUAACAACAAAAUUCUAGUCUUAAAGAAUAGUUAACUGUAUUUAUAGUCAAAUCCCAAACUGAAACCCAAUGUAAAAAUUGAUAUAUCGUGUAAUAAAUAUAAAUAUAUGUAAUUAAAUUUUUGUCUCGAA